UUCUGCAGUUACGUUCCAGGCCUUGACAAGGGGAAGGGGCUCUACUUCUUGUUCGUUAAAGCAGAAACGAAGACACCCGGUGGAUUAUUGGCACGUCCAGUCCUCACAAGCUACUACAAGAGCGACCAUUUCAAGAUGAGGCCAUACGACCCUUACGAUGUAUACACCAGCCCCAACCAAGCCAUACUAUGCUCCGAUACUUCCCAGAGCAUGUACACACAAAUGCUAUGUGGCCUCUACCAACGAAAUGAAGUCCUCCGAGUUGGUGCCGUGUUUGCCUCUGGUCUACUCAGGGCUAUCCGAUUCCUCCAACUCAACUGUCAACAACUCGCCCAGGACAUUUCCAUCGGGACUUUGAAUCCCAAAAUUACCGAUCCGUCUAUCCGCGAGUACAUGUUGCAUCUCCUCAAACCCAACCCUGAACUCGCCCGAUUCAUCACAGAAGAGUGCUCAGGUACGAACUGGGAAGGAAUCAUAAGAAGAAUCUGGCCAAACACCAAGUACCUUGACGUGAUAGUCACAGGUUCCAUGGCCCAAUACAUCCCAGCCCUCGAUUACUACAGCGGCGGAUUACCGUUGGUAUCCACCAUUUACGCUUCCUCUGAGUGCUACUUCGGCAUCAACCUUAAACCAAUGUGCAACCCCUCCGAGGUUUCCUAUACAAUCUUGCCCAACUUUACCUACUUCGAGUUCCUUCCCCAAGAACUCACAUCGUCCACAUUGAGUGGUGGCAUCGAUUCACCUCCCCAACUGGUUGACCUGGUCGACGUGGAAGUUGGCAAGGAGUACGAAGUUGUGGUCACCACGUAUGGCGGUCUUUAUAGGUACCGAGUUGGGGACAUACUCCGAGUCACCGGGUUCCAUAACUCGGCUCCUCAAUUCCAGUUCGUGAAGAGGAAGAACGUCUUGUUGAGUAUCGAUGUAGAGAAGACCGACGAGACCGAUUUGCAGAAAGCGGUGGAGAACGCGUCGGAAUUGCUGCAAGAAUACAAAACGAGCGUGGUGGACUACACGAGCUAUGCUGAUACGAAGAAUAUUCCGGGGCAUUACGUGAUAUACUGGGAGUUGCUGGUGAAGGACCCGGAGAACACGCCGAGUGAUGAGAUGAUGAAGCAGUGUUGUCUUGUCAUGGAAGAGUCACUGAAUUUUGUUUACAGAAAAGGGAGAGUGGCAGAGAAUUCGAUCGGAGCUCUGGAGAUAAGGGUGGUGAAAAGCGGGACAUUUGAGGAACUCAUGGACUUCGCCAUCUCAAGGGGAGCCGCCAUUAAUCAAUACAAGGUGCCGAGAUGCGUCAACUUCCCACCUAUCGUGGAGCUUCUUGAUUCUAGGGUCCUCUCCUCUCAUUUUAGCCCUGCUUGCCCUCAUUGGACCCUAGAAUGACGACGGUGACGAUAU